AUGGCGACCUGCAGGAGCAAGAAACCGCCGUUCAUCAACCAGGUGUCAGGUCACUUUGCGAACAACGAGCUCUACUCCGACAUCACUCUCCGCUUCAGUGACGGCACCGAGCUGUCGGCGCACCGCGUCGUCCUCGCCAGCCAGUCCGGCUGGUUUGCGCAGCAACUUCUGGAUAUCGAAGACCAGAUGAAUAAGGAUCCCUCCGCUGCGACCGCGACCGCGACCGCGACCGCUUCCGCGUCUACCCCGCCCACCGACCCUCCCGCCUCAUCCUCAUCCGCGGCCCGACCCGGCCUAAUGAUCACGCUCGACCUCCCAACCGACCACUCGCACCCCUCGCUCCUCUGCGCCCUCAUAACCUACAUGUACACGCGCGUCUACCCCUCCCUCAUCCCACCGACCGACCCCACCGAGCCAAAAGCCUACACCGCGCUGCGGCACCUGCGGCUCUACAUGCUGGCGACGGAGUACCGCAUCCCGGCGGCGCAGGCGGCGGCGGCGCGCCGCGUCAAAGACUACCUCGACGAGCUGUUCCGCAUCCAGGCGGACCUGCUGACGGAUUUCGUGCCGUUUUUGUUCGGGGACGCGCUGGCGCCGCGGCGGUUCGAGAGGGACGAGCAUGGGUUGAGGGGGUGGGUGGCGGAGAGGGUGGUGGAGGCGGGGUUGGAUAGGGUCGAGGCGUGUGAGGUGGGGAGGUUGGUGAGGGAGUGGCCUGGGUUUGGGGUCGAGUACCUUACUGCUUUCUGGAACCGCCGCAAGAAGCAGAUCGAGGAGGAGACGCUGCAGGGAUUCUUCUGCCCGAGCUGCGAUUGCAGUAUGGAGAUUGUGAUUACGGGCGUGAAGGAGCGCGGGGCGCGCAAGAGCUCGGCGAUCUCGGUUGUGCGUAGUAGCGAUGGCGGUGGCGGAGGUGGUGGCACGGCGGUCGGCGCCUUCGACAAGAUUGAGGGAGGUGGAGGCGAGAGUGGUGGUGGUGGUGCAGAUGGUGGUGGCAACCUUAUCAAGAUGUGCCCGAACUGUCAGGGACCGCUGGAGAAGCAGGCCAUUAAAUGA